CUACGCGAUGGCCCGCCUGGAACUCGACGACACGCCCACGAGUAUCGCACGUAGCGACGCCACAGCAUUCUUCAGCCCACAGGACUGCGUCAACUUUCUACGUUUCACGCAAUCGCAAGUUAUGCUGAUGCUGGAUCUGCUGUUGAUCCCCGCGUUCAUCCGCACUGACUGCGAAUUCGUGGUAAGCGGACGGGAGGCUCUGUGCGUGCUCCUGUAUCGGCUCGCUUUCCCAUGCCGCCUGAAGGACAUGCGCUUGGUUUUCGGGCUGAGCGAAUCGUGUAUCUGCGAAGCCUUCAACUGGAUGCUGCAUUUUCUAGACUUCAGGUGGGGGUAUCUGCUGUCCCUCGACGUGGCACGCCUGCAGCCGCACCUGAUCGAGUUUGCGGAAGCAAUCUUCAACUCCGGCUGUCCUCUCACUCACUGUUGGGGUUUUAUCGAUGGCACCGUGCGUGGCAUUGCAAGGCCCAAGUACUGGCAGCGACUGUUCUACAAUGGGCACAAGAGGAAGCACGCAAUGAAGUUUCAAGGGGUAAUUACACCAGACGGGUUAUUUGUGGAUCUGUGGGGCCCCGUGGCGGGGACACGCCAUGACAGCUUUAUUCUAGCGCAGUCUGGGUUGAUGGAGAAGUUGUCGAUGCUAAACAGCCCUACAGGCCAUCCGUACUGUUUGUACGGAGAUCCGGCGUAUGGGCUGAGCAACCACCUUGUCUGUCCUUUUAGCGCGUCAAGUGUCGGCCCUCUAACGCCAGAGAUGGCCGACUUCAACAAGCGUAUGAGCCACUGCCGCGUAACGGUGGAGUGGGGAUUCAAAGAGAUGACCGGCAAGUGGGCCUUUGUGAGCAUGAAGCCGCAGCAGAAAUUCUUGCUAAGCCCUGUCGCCAAGCAGUACCGGGUAGCCACUCUGCUUUCUAACUGGCACUCAUGCAUGAACGGGGGCAACGAGAUUUCGCAAUACUUUGGCGUGGUGCCACCCACUUUCGAGGAGUACGUAGCGGUGUAAGUGCAAGAUGAACCCACGUU